AUGAAGACAUGGGAACAGGUAACUGGAAGUAUUGCAUCUGCAGCACAAAUCGCUGGAUCUCUCGUGUGCCCUUACCUCAUCUACAAAGCGGUGACGUCGAGAUGCAUCGAUUUUGUUCCGCUCGCUCCGGUAGCCUUCACCUGGAUAAUGGAGUUACAUGCUAUCAUCUACAGUAUCGGAUUAGAUGACUUCUACAUGCUGGUAAGAAUUUUUUUUAUCAUUUCUGACUUUCUUCUGCGCUCACAGAAGGACGUUCCUAUGUCGCUUGAAAAAUUAGACCAC